AUGCCCCUAGUCUCUGCGUUCCCAGCCUGUUGCGUGCAGCUUUCUCGGGCUUGCAGCUGUGUUUGGGAUUGCUCCACGAUGUCGACCAGGAGGACACGAGGCUGCCUUGCAUGGCUUUGUAUUUGGGCCUUCGGCAAAAGUUACAGCUGUCCCGGGACUCCUGGCUUGCCGCCGCGACUCGUGACUUCUCCAAAAGAGGCGAAAGCCAUCCUCAGCGAUCCUCAACAGUUGAGGCAUACCCAGAAUCUCUGCCUUCGCGAAAACUUUGAGCUUGAGAACGUUUUCACUACCAACGACACAGAGCUCCGUCGGGAAUUCUUGGAAGUUGUGAACCGUGGCAUGGCAAAGCCGAUUUGCGGUUCGGCGACUACGGCAGCCCGCACGUAUCCCCGAGGCCAACAACCACUGUCAAGAGUGACUGAGAAGGUUGUUUUCGAAGCUGUCACACGCGCUUUCAUUGGAGCACAAGACUUCGAUGGUAUCGACGUUUCGUUCUUCGAUUGUUUUAACGAUCUAUGGCGCAACCGUCGCGAUGAGUCUGGAGCCGUACGUAACAAGACGUCAGAGAUGCAUCAUCGUGUGCAAGCCUUCUACACAGCCAACAAAGAUGCGAUUGACAGUUAUGGAGUUUGGGGCAAGAACUUGCCGACAAGAAUGCUGCGCGAUGCAUGGGCAUCGAACCCCCUCAGCAUCAUCAUCCCGAUAUAUUUGAACACCUGGGUCGCUGUUCAGAGAAUCCUCGUCCGACUCCUUCGAGUUCAAAAUGAGCGCCAACGUGUCCUGGCAGAGAUCAAAAAGGUGGACACAGACGCCUCGCUUGCUGAUCUCCGUGUUUUGGACGAGAUUGUCCACUACGAGCUGCGAAGCAAUCCACCUGUGAAGAGCCUGGAAAGACAACAUGCCCAGACAGGUGAGCAUGUCAAAGUGAGUAUCGAAGCUAUGCUCAACAACGGGAAACAGGAAUCUUGGGAGUUCGGAGGUGGUAUCGGAGCAUGCCCAGCUCAAAAGUAUGCGUGUCGAAUGAUGAAAGCAGUUGUCGCGAAAGUUCUCCCCCACCUUUCGAUCUCCAAGGAGGAGUUCCGGCGGACACAACCAAACUUACCGGCAGUGGAUGUUGAAGAUGUUCUGGUUCAAGUUGGAUGA